GCUGUACAAGUGCCAUCUCCAAUUUUCACCCAUCGUCAGCAGAGUUGUCCGUGCCAUCGUCGACGAGGGACGAGGUGCGUGAAAAUCAACACGGGCCAUCGAUUGCUUUUGCGACGGAUACCACCACUCCCCGAGGGCUUCGAUGUGAGAGCCUGUUGUGACCGCUGCUCAGUCAGCAACAAAUAGAUCCGUUCACAGAGCACGACCACCACCACCAAGAACAACAACACUACGAGACGAAUUGGUUGUUUGCACAGCAAUUAACUUUCUGCUGGGGGAGCAAGCAGUAGUUGCAAGGGACAGUGACGCAGGUUAUCGUCGUCCAUAAAACAGCACGCACCACAAAGCACCUCACCACUUUACACUUUAUACCACCACCACCUCAUAAUAAUUCCAACAUAUCGCCCAACAUGCAGGAGGCACUGAAGCGCUGGAACCCAGAGCGCAACUGGAGCUACAAGCCCUUCAACCGCAAGUGGAGGAAGCGCGCGCCCAUGUUCUGGAUCAUGCCCUUUGAGCUGGCGGGGACCGUCUGCCUGCUGGUCCUCUUCGCCAUCGCCCAGCCGGACCUGUUUCGCACCCAGCUGUGGGAGGUCGGCUACGUCUGGGGCUUCAACUCGAACCCGGACAUCAUCCUGCUCGCAGAGGCCAACCACAAGCCUCACCCGAACGUGCCCUUUGUGUGGUCCCUGAACCUCACCGAUUACAACGUCGGCAUCUCCGUCCUCUCCCUCUUCGUCCUCCUCGCCAAGCUGGUCGGCUUCAUCAUGCGCGUCUGGACCCCGAUCCUAGGCGUCUUCUUCAGCCUUUCCCUGUCCGUCAUGUACACCGUCAGCGUCUACGGCCAGAUGGGCCCCGACUACUACGACCCGGCCCACCCUAGCCCCAUCGCCUGGUACAUCCGCUACGGCUGCUGGCCCGCUGUCAAUUUCCCCAACAACGCUGUGGGAAGCUGUCAUAUGGCCGUGGGCACCUACUCGGUCACCGUCUAUCUACUGUUCAUCUACCUCCUCUGCCUAGGCUACGCAGUCUACAACAUGAUCCCAACCGCCGAAGAAAAAGAAGAAAUCAAGACCCGCAAGGCCAUGAAGGCCGACGAUGCCUCGUCCGGCGGCCGCAUGACCCCCGUCGACAAGGUUAUGUUCGAGAUGUACCCGCCGCCGCCGCAGCAACACCAGCAGACGGCCUUCACCCCGAGGACGCAGGCUUUCCAGACGCUGGAACGAAAACUGCCCCUACGCGGGGACUGA